AUGAGAGACGAGAAACGACAGCACAUCUCAACAUCAACCGUCCACUCGCCCUCGUCCACCUCGCAAGGAACGGACUCGCGACUCGCAACGCCAGAGCUGAACAGAGGUCAGUGUCACCGUCCCAGGUACGGGCUGGCAGGGGAACAGACUACACAUUCUCAAAGAGUAAUACGACUCUGA